UCUGCUUAAAGUUCACCAGAACAGCUCUGUGCUCGGACAGCGCCAAGGAGGAAUCCCCCUCAUGCUACACGGGACUAAAGGGAACCAAAUCCUCUGAACUGGGGGAAAAAUCUGGGGAAAGAUGCCAUCCAGGAAGAAAACCUCCAUGUUUGCCUCUGCUUUUUGCACCUGUGUGAGCUCCUUCGUGGUGAUCUGCGUGGUGCUGGCCACGCCGCAGUGGGUGAGCAGCGAGGUUCGCUUCUCGCGCACCGGCACCGCCGUCACCGUCAGCCUCACCUACGGCCUCUUCAGUGGCACCUGUGAGCAGUUCGUGGAGGCAGGACUCCAGGUGUCCCAAACCAACUUCCAAGUCUCAGAGGCCCUGAGCAGCAGCAGGAGCAGGAGCCUGGUGGUGGCCACCAUCGUGGUGCUGGUGCUGGCCCUGCUGAGCUCCCUGCUCAGCGCUGGCUUCACCUGCACCAACGCUGUCAGCAACCCCUACCAGACAUUCCUGGGACCCAUUGGAGUCUACACCUGGAAUUCCCUGUGUGGAGUCCUCACCCUCACAGCCCUGAUCCUUUUCCCUGUGAAUGUGGAAGGGAACAGCCUGUCUGAGGAGCUGGCCCACAGCUGUUCCAGCUCCCUGCAGACACACCUUGGAUCCAAACACAACUAUGGAUAUUCCUACUGGAUCAUGCUGCUCACCCUUUUCCUGAACAUUGCUUCUCUCAUCAUCAUCUACCUCUAUGACCACGCCAGAUAUUCCAAGAAGAAAGAGCAGGAAAGGCCCAUAGAGAAUGCACCAAAGGAUGUUAUUCUGUUUUAAGGACACCUUGGAAAAGGAGGUGUGAAGGACGAUGACUUUAGUGUGGACAGCAGAUUCCCAUUUGCUCUGAAUUGUGUGCACACUUCAAUUCCCAGAUUGUUUUGAGGACACAAAAGCCUGGUUGGGUUUUGUGCCUGCUGGCUGAGCAGGAAGAUCAGAGCCAUUGUUUUGUAAAGCCUGCAAACACCAGGAUCCCUUGGGAUGAGGAGAAGUGGUCACUGAGGUGCUGCUGCUCCAUUUUCUCCUUGCUCUGCUCAGGGAUCUCCUGCAGGGCUGGAGGCUCCUGGGCCCGGGAGCACUUGUGGCCAAAAUCCACAGAGCACAGAGGGGGAGUCCCCACCCCUGGGGGAUUUACAGCCCUGUGGAGGUGGCACUGGGGGACACUGGUGGCCUUGGCAGUGCUGGGGAAUGGUUGGACUGGAUGGAUUUUCCAAUCUAAAUCAUUCAACAAUUCCAUGAGAGCAGAUCAUCCCAGUAUCUACAGGUUAUUACUGCCCAGAAACACCAGGAAAAUCCUGCUUGACCUCUGAGCACUGCCAAGAGCCAAGGGCAAAGCCACACCUGGGGCAGGUGAGCCCAGCCCCUCUCCACACCUCCCUCCCUGGCACAAAGCCCCCCAGGUGAUGAUUCCAGUGAUGAUUUCUGGCCAGGGCCAUCCCCUUGCCCAGUCUGAGGAGUAUUUCACGUGCUCACACAGACACAGGGCUGCAGGACUGCCCCAGAGUGGGGCAAUCUCAGCUCCAUUCCCUUCUCAUUCCUCCCUGGGAAUGAGCAGUGGGACCUUGGGACAGAUCCAAAGUGCAAAAUCCUGCUCAGAGCACGUGUUCAGCACUUCUGCCCCUUUGUCCCUCACCUCUGCAGCCAGGAGAGACUUUUUUAUUCCUUUAAAAAGAAAAAAAAAUCCUUCCUUCUCCUUUCCAGUGUGGUUUUCAGUCACACUCCAUAUCUGUCCUGUGAUCCAAGAGGUGCUCGUGGAGAUAAAGCAGCAUUUUGAAGAGGGGAUGAGGAGAUACAAGAGGUGAAUCCUCACUAUUUAUGUCACAAAAAUAAAGUUUGGAGAUGAAAGCAGCCA